CGUGCGGUUGGCUAACCUGCAAAGCGUUAUACGACAGCGGAACUGCCAUCUUGUUUCGUUGACGAUAGCUUGGCGCCUUUCCUGUAUUCGUUUGCUUUCCUUAGUGAAGUGAUUGUGAGUUACACGUUUCAAAAUGGCUGGUGGUAAAGCAGGUAAAGAUUCUGGCAAAGCCAAGGCGAAAGCAGUCUCCAGAUCGGCGAGAGCAGGUCUUCAGUUCCCCGUUGGAAGAAUCCACAGACAUCUCAAAAACAGAACAACGAGUCAUGGUCGAGUUGGAGCUACAGCGGCAGUUUAUUCAGCAGCUAUUCUGGAAUAUCUUACCGCCGAGGUUUUAGAGUUGGCGGGAAACGCAUCCAAAGAUCUGAAAGUGAAGCGUAUUACACCUCGACACUUGCAGCUCGCCAUCAGAGGAGAUGAGGAGUUGGAUAGCUUGAUCAAAGCUACCAUAGCUGGUGGUGGUGUCAUUCCGCACAUACAUAAAUCUCUUAUUGGCAAGAAGGGUGGUCCGGGAGCACCAGUCUAAUUUAAGUUUCUUCUAUAAGAUUUUCAUUGCAUUUGACUCCGGGCGCGCCGUCAGCAUUCUAAGUUCAUCACCUAAUUGUAAACAUAGAUUUCUAAUAAAGAUAGUGGUUGGUGGCAUACAGUGGAGUGACUUCAAGAGAACAGUUUGUCCGGACUUGUAGCUAUAAGUGUUAGGAUAAUUAGCAUUAAGCAGAUAAAAAUAAAUAUGAUUGGACUAGAAUUAAGUUUGAAUUCCUUGGUUUGUUAAUAGGACACAAUUUUCUGCUGACAAAUGUACAAUUUAUUUUGUGAACUGUAAAAUUGUUUUGCUGCCAGCUUCUGACACACGUGAGGCUGGUGCAAUAUAAUUUACUCUGUAAUAAUAUACUUGUGUUACAAUUUUUUUGUAAGCUUAAAGCAUUUUGUAUUGACAUUUUGUACUAGCCAAUGUUGUUCUAAAUUGUAAUUUGGUAUGAUUGAACUGUUACAAAUUAUAAGAAAUGUAUUUUGAACUUUAAAAUAUAACAAACGAAAGCUCAA